AUGGCUUCGAUCGUUCGUGGCUCAUCUCCUACUUUAUCACAUCUUCUGCAGUUUCCUGGUGAUUCCGACACCGUCACCAGCCAAAACUCAGGGGCAGUAAAGAGCAACUGGUUGUGGGGGGGAACGCACUUUCAACUCUGUGUUAAACAUGCGGGAGAAGAACUCGGAUUGACCGCAGAUGACGAGUUUGUGAACCCUGGAUUCUUCGUCCGCUACUUGUAUGGUGAAAUCCGUAAACUUUGA